AUGAUUACAGAAAUGCAGCUGGUCAUCUUCCCCAACAUGCUGGAAGUGUCUCUCUUCUUGCUUGUGGUGCUCUAUCACUACAUGGCCACCAACAAUACCAAGAAGCAGGAAGGAAAGUGUCGGUUACCCCCCACCCCCACCAGGGUUCCAGGACAUAUUCUGAGGCAAGAUGGAGGAAAUCAGUAA